AUGCCGCGUCUGUGGCUGCGCAUGAGCCCGUGCCGGCACGACGCCGGCGCGCACGAGGAGUCCAACGCCGACCCGCACCUGCAGUUCCGACGCACUGAGCGGCUCCCGUCGUUCAUCCACAGCAACCUCCCGGACCCGCCAGUCUCCACCACGGCCCGCCUCCGCGCCGCCCGCACCUCCAGCGGCGUCGACCGCAUCAGCCACCUCCCCGACUCCCUCCUCCGCGAGAUCGUCUACCGCCUCCCCGCCAAGGACGCCGCCCGCACCGCAUUGCUCGCCGCGCGCCGGCGCGGCGUCCGGCGCUCCCCAGCGGCGCCAGCGCCGGCUCGCUGGCGUCGACAUUGGCGGUGGCAGGGCGGCCAUGGCGUCGGCAUUCCGUCGAGCACCUCGUGUGCAGCGUCGACGAGUGGUGUGCGGCGGCGUUGCGCGGAUGGCGACGGCCUCCAGCAGGGGAACGGCGGCAUGGCGCGCAGCGGCGGCGCCACGGACUCGCGCGGUGGCGGCGCAUCGGCGGCGGGCAACGGCGCCGGAGAAGGGGAGGGAGGCGACGGGGGCGGCGCACUACAUACCUGCGCCGGAGACGGGGACGGGGGCACGCGCGGAGAGGAGCGGCGCGUGGACGAAGGCGAUGGUGACGGCGAUGGACUACUGCGGCGUGGCGAGGUUCACGGCGACGGCGUGGCGAGGUUCACGGCGACGGCGUGGCUAGGUUGCGCGCGUCUGCGUGUGUGA